GGGGCCAUCGGACAUCUUGGGCCGCCCCGCACCGAGCGGGGAACGCCGCCACCGCCGGGCACCGGGGCGGGAGCAGCCCGGCAGCCUCCGCUCCUCCCGCCUCCCCCGCCCCGGCUGCCGCCCCCGCCUCCCCCGCUCCGCUCAGAGCAUCCCUCCUCCCCAUUGCGUUUGGCUUAAUUCCGCCCAGAGACAAGAUGGCAACGCCGGCGGCGGUAAAUCCUCCCGAGGUUUCUGACACUUCUUAUAUGCGGAUAAAAUCCGUCUCCAAGAAGGUGUUGCUCGCAGGAAAGAAAGAACAUCUUUGAAAGAGUCUUCUCUAAAGAAAUGGCAUCCGAUAUUCCUGGCUCUGUGGCCUUGCCGGUGGCACCGAUGGCGAGCGGACAAGUGAGAAUGGCAGGAUCCAUGCCUUCCAGAGGGGGAAAGCGACGCUCUGGAAUGGAUUUCGAUGAUGAAGAUGGGGAGGGACCCAGCAAAUUUUCAAGGUAUGAUGGUGAUCAAAUAUCUGGUGAUAAGGAAAAGUUUGCAAGGGAGAAUCAUAGUGAAAUUGAGAGACGCAGAAGAAAUAAGAUGACGCAGUACAUCACGGAGCUGUCUGACAUGGUGCCCACUUGUAGCGCGUUGGCUCGUAAGCCUGACAAGCUGACAAUCCUUCGGAUGGCUGUUUCACACAUGAAAUCAAUGAGGGGCACUGGGAACAAAUCUACUGAUGGAGCUUACAAGCCAUCGUUCCUUACAGAACAGGAACUGAAACAUCUUAUCCUGGAGGCUGCGGAUGGGUUCCUGUUUGUGGUUGCAGCUGAGACUGGGAGAGUCAUCUACGUCUCGGACUCAGUGACUCCCGUGCUCAACCAGCCGCAGUCCGAAUGGUUUGGCAGCACGUUAUAUGAACAGGUUCACCCAGAUGAUGUGGAAAAGCUACGGGAGCAGCUGUGUACAUCUGAAAACUCUAUGACAGGACGAAUCCUGGACUUGAAGACUGGAACAGUAAAGAAAGAGGGUCAGCAGUCCUCAAUGAGAAUGUGCAUGGGAUCAAGGCGCUCUUUCAUUUGCAGAAUGAGGUGUGGAAAUGCUCCUCUGGAUCACUUACCUCUGAACAGAAUAACCACCAUGAGGAAAAGAUACAGGAAUGGCCUGGGUCCAGUAAAAGAAGGUGAAGCACAGUAUGCUGUUGUCCAUUGCACUGGCUACAUCAAGGCUUGGCCACCAGCAGGAAUGACUAUACCAGAAGAAGAUGCUGAUGUGGGACAAGGUAGUAAAUACUGCCUCGUGGCAAUAGGAAGGCUUCAGGUAACCAGCUCUCCGGUGUGCAUGGACAUGAAUGGCAUGUCGGUCCCAACUGAGUUCUUGUCAAGGCACAACUCUGAUGGAGUCAUCACCUUUGUCGACCCCAGAUGCAUCAGCGUCAUUGGCUACCAGCCCCAGGAUCUUCUGGGGAAAGACAUCUUAGAAUUCUGCCAUCCUGAAGAUCAAAGUCAUUUGAGAGAGAGUUUCCAGCAGGUUGUGAAACUGAAAGGUCAGGUCCUGUCUGUGAUGUACCGUUUUCGUACCAAAAACCGGGAAUGGAUGCUGAUCAGAACCAGCAGCUUCACCUUUCAGAAUCCUUACUCCGAUGAGAUUGAAUACAUCAUCUGCACCAACACUAAUGUAAAGCAGCUCCAACAGCAGCAAGCAGAACUUGAAGUACAUCAAAGAGAUGGGCUGUCAUCCUAUGAUUUAUCUCAGGUGCCUGUUCCAAGUAUAUCAGCGAACGUUCAUGAAGGUGGGAAGUCUGUGGAAAAGCCGGAUGCCAUCUUCUCCCAGGAGCGAGAUCCUCGAUUUGCUGAGAUGUUUGCUGGAAUAACUGCUUCAGAUAAAAAAAUGAUGGCCUCAGCAUCCACAGCAGGAAACCAGCAGCUGUAUUCACAGGGAAGCCCAUUUCAGCCAGGACAUUCAGGAAAGAGUUUCAGUUCAUCUGUGGUACAUGUUCCUGGUGUGAACGACAUCCAGUCUUCUUCAUCAACAGGCCAGAAUCUGACCCAGAUAUCUCGCCAGCUGAAUCAGAGUCAGGUUGCCUGGACAGGAAAUCGCCCACCAUUUCCAGGACAGCAAAUUCCGUCUCAGUCUGGCAAGGCUCAGUCAUCUCCCUUUGGGAUUGGAACAAGUCACACCUACCCAGCAGAUCCAUCAUCAUACAGCCCACUUUCCAGCCCUGCCACCUCUUCUCCAAGUGGAAAUGCCUACUCCAGCUUAGCAAACCGAAGUGCAGGGUUUGCUGAAGGUGGUCAGAGCAGCAGCCAGUUCCAGGGGAGGCCGUCUGAAGUCUGGUCCCAGUGGCAGAGCCAGCAUCACAACCAGCAGAGUGGAGACCAGCACUCACACCCGCAGCCCAGCCAGACCGAGGUGUUCCAGGACAUGCUGCCAAUGCCGGGGGAUCCAACGCAGGGAACUGGCAACUACAACAUAGAAGAUUUUGCUGAUCUGGGCAUGUUUCCACCGUUUUCUGAAUAGCUCGUGAAGCAGAAAUUGAAGCUCAUCUUCAAGGCCAUUUCAGUAUAUUUUUGGCUCUGCUUUUUCUGUGUUGCAUUUCUGUAGAAGCUACUAAAACCAGAAGAUGCAUUUCUCGUAUUUCAGAUAGUGGUGUAGGGCUUUGCUCUCUCCUCCACAGGCUGCGUUAGUACUGACAGAGGAGCUCCAGCUCUUGAUAGUGUUCAUUGACAGCUCCGUUAUAUCUUAUUUUAUUGUCAUCUACCUCAGAGAUGAAAAACUUUGUUUGAUUUAGGAUAAAAAAAGCCCACAUAUCUCUGAGUCUUAAAUAUUUGAAUGUGAAUGAUAUCUAAUAUUUCCUUUGAAUGGUAAUUUUUAAAUAGAUAAUGCAGUAACAAAGACUAACAGAGAAAAGGUAAGGUGAUGUGUUGUUACAGUGCCUACCACUCAAUUUCGAUGCCUUGCUUUAAGCUUAGGUUUCUGGAACCAGACAGAAUAUUCUGUUUUCUUUCAUUCUUGUAGUUUUUUGUUCACUUUAAAUGUGAGAUUAAGCAACGUAAUGUAGGCCUCUCUCACCAGAAGAUUCAGCUCCACCUUUUCUAACUUAAACUUGAAUGUGUGUACAUUUUGGUACUUUAUGUAUAUCUUGUGAUGUAUGAAGUGAUUUCCUGUAUCGGUUUCUUUAGCCUUUUAAUAGGGUCUAUUCUGGAGUGAGAAGUGCGAAGGCUGGCAAUAUGUGGAGGCUUUAGAUACUGCAGGAGUCUCCAUCACUUCACAUAGUGUUCUUAGUUUUAAUUCAGGUGGUUCUCUACUCAGAACAAGCAUUUACUCACAUAAGCUAUUAGUCUGUUUUUGCACUGAAUUGAGGCCUAUGUAACUCUACACGUUUCUCACUGGCUGCUUUAAUUUCGAUUGUUCUUGCUUUCCCAAAAUUACUGCCUCAUAAAAAUGACUGUAAAUCCAUCAAGAUUACAGUUCCUAUACUAGCUGCAUUUCCUUUCUGUGAAGUACUUUUUAUACUGUGAAGUCCCACAUUUUAGCAGUGCAAGGUGGUGGCCUAUUAUAGUUCAAGCUCAUUUGCUGCAAGCAGUGAGAUGGUUUUGUAGUGUUCACUUUUUUAGAGUUGGUAAUGGAUAUCAGUUGGACUCUUGUCCACUGUAUGCACAGUGAUAACUUGAAUUUUUGCUUGGAUUCCCAAGCAGUCGUUUCUGUUAAACCCCGUUAACCCUUUUCUGUUAAAUAUUGGGUUUUCACCUUACAAGGUGUUUUGAUUACUGGCUGUUCUGAAUGCUGUGUGCUUUUCCACAGAGGUAAGUUCAUCAGCCUUCAUUCACAGCUGGUCAUCUACCAUAUCCGUUCAUCAGAAAUGUGGUAGCAAGUUUAUUUGUUACCUCAUGCAUAUGAUGAGUUACAAGAGGUUGGGUUUGGAUGCUCAGCCUUUUUAUUCAUUUCUUUUGGACCUUGAAGCAGGAACCCCCAUCUAGAUUGCAAUAUCCACAGCCCCGCAUCUAGAUCCUUAUGUGCACGGCAAUUCAUAUACUUCGCAGCACUACAGUCUAGCUUCUUCUAGCUCCUCUUCAGUCAUGGGUUAUGUUCCAAUGGGAAGGACCAUGUACAUCACUGUAGUCCAUAUUGCCAGGAUAACAUCUUGGAAAAGCAGGCAGGCCCCUGUCCUGCAGUUUGCCCUGGCGUCUUGCUGUAAGGCAGUGCAGGCUGCCGGGCCAGCAGUGGCAAAGUGACCACGGGGUGUUUUUCUACCUGGCUUUGCUUCCCCAGCCCUCAGGCAGAACAGCACAUAGUUUUCAGUAUCCAGGAAGAACUUUUUCUACUUUUUCUCUUGCCAAGUCCGGGACCAAUGUCUUAUCCUACUUGCAAGUGGGGCUAGAGACACUUUUUUUGUUAGGAAGUUUUUUAAUGUAUCUAGAUGCAGUACUGCAGAGGCCUCAGAUCCCCUGGUCUGUACUUGCCUCAUCAAAAUCACACUGAAAACAAAUAAUAAAUCAUCUCUCUACUCUCCCACAGGUAGGGAAAGAACCUUCUUAGGUGAGCAAGCCAUGCACUUAACGCACAAUUCAUUUGAAUACAUGAAUGUUAACCCUCCUGGAGCCUUCUCCCUUUCCAUUCAUGCUGCUCGAGAGAAGGACUGCUCACUGAAUCACAUAAACACAGCUCUGCUGUCCUCAGAGAGAAAUGCACUAUCCAAGAUGCCUUGGUGCAAAGCAGGCUGGGGGGAGGCAGGGUCAGCAUCCGCACACUUUGGUAGGGAGCAGCUGUAUAUAGAAUCUGAUUGUGAGGGAGAGAGCAGCAGAUGAGCAGUUUCUAUCUCUGUGCAGAAGAUGUUGAAGAUUUCAUACAUUUCAGUUCUUUGAGAAUUUUUAAAAACCAUUAAUCUGCAAAGUGAAAAAUGAAUCAAAAAACUGCUAUAGCUCUGUUUUAUUUUACCUGACAGGCUGUUCUAAGCGUAUUUAUAAUUUGUUGUGAAUUCAGUCUGAAAAUAAGACGUAUGCAGUUGUCUUUAUCCUAAUAUCAGCAGUGAUGAUUUCAUCCUAGAAUCACAGAAUGGUUUGGGUUAGAAGGGACCUCAAAUAUCACUAAGCCCCAACCUCUCUGCCAAGGGUUGGGUGCCCCCAGCAGACCUGGGUUGGGGCAUCUCUGUUCUCCGAAAUAGGAAUUUAUUCCUCACAUCUAAUCCACAUUUUCCCUUUUUUAAUGUAAAGCCAUUCCCCCUUGUCCUAUCUCACAGAAUGACUGUGCAGUUCAAAAUGCACCGUUAGCAGAAUUUCAAGCAUUUUUCUUUUAUUUGCUGUUCUUCUUUUUACCAUACAGUGACAUGCCAAUGCACCUGAAGCAUCAGGGCACGAGCAGCUGCUUCUCAUCUGGUAGCCCCUCACCUUCCUGUUCAGGAGUGAGGGUGGCUGCUCCAUUAAUGGACAGUGAGGGUGGCAACAGGUUGGGGCUUUCCCUGCAAGCCGUGGUCAUUCGUUCUUCUGCUUUCUUCUCCUUUCUUCCCUUCCUUAACACUGCAUUCCCAUAGCUCCUUGCCACACAUACAGGGGGAGGUGUGGGCAGCCCUUCCUGGUGAGAAGGGAGCUUAGCGAGCUUCAGGUUGAGCAGCUCUGUGCUUCUAGCCAAGUGACCGAGCAGGUUCAGCAUCUGCAGUGUCAGUGUUAGCUGCUCUGCAAAGCCCCAUCCCAGCUCUUGUGGCAGAACGCGCCGCGCAGGCUGAGCUGUGCUGCAUCUUUUUGUCACGUGUUUGGCUGCUGAAACAACUUCCUUUAUAGUAUAGCUGGCGUUGUAAAGUGCAUUCGGAAUGCUGACGUCCUUACUAUGUGCCAUUGGUGUAAGUUUGCUGGUGCUUUGGCUGCCAGUCUCUAGAAUUUCACAGGUGGUGGAUUUCUUGUUUCUUCUUUGUGUUCAUUGCUAAGCUGCAAAUAAUCAAGCUGUGAUUUCUGAUCAAACUGUGCUGCAGACACAGUGUUUCUCAAAACCUGAUGUUUGAACUGUCUGUAAUGUCUGGGUGAGCUGUUUCCACGGGUGGGCAUGCAGACCGGGACUCGAGAUGCUGAAAUAUGUACAUUCCUUGGUUUGAACAAGCCGUCCUGUUUAACGAGAGGGACUCCGUCACAUUCCUUGUUACAAGCACUACUGGCAGUACUUACGGUUAUGCUUUAACCAGGCAGUUCCAUUUGUAGCUUUGUUGCCUUUCUUUCUGUUGUUGGAGUACAGUAUGAAACUGUAAAUACUUCUUGCAGUACUGCCUUUUUAACUCUUACUUACUUUUUGGCACAGUGUUAAAUAGUGUCGGAUUGACCCAAUUGCUAUGACAUAUAUUUUUAUACAUAGGUGUACUCUUUCCUCAAGAAUAACAGCCAUUUUGUCAUCAAUGCCUUACCAGCGUCAUACUGCUGUUGCUCUUUGUUUGCAAGGUAUCGGGUGGACUAAUUUCUAGUUGAGAUAUUUUCCCUUCUUUCUGGCAGUGCUCAUUUGGGAUCCAGGUGAUUUUUGCCAGUCCCAUUGUUUUUUUGCAGUCGUGACCUGUGAGAAGAGGAGGAUGUGAGCUUUGUGUUCUUCCUGUUAAUGGAGCGAAUGGAAGGUGAUGGCAUCUAAUUGUCUAUAGAAGGUCGGUCUUUUCUUGCUCUAAGCCAGAGUGCGUUUCAUGGGACUGAUGGCUGUGGGCACUGAUUACUUUGUGUAGAUUAAUGGUCUUUAAAAAAAAUAAAGUAAAAAAACUAAGCAAAAAAAAAGAGAAAGAAACCUCCAAAAAUGGACUUCUGUCGUUGUUAGGCACUUGGUUACUUAUCUGUUUAAACUCUUCAUAUUGAUGUGAAGUUGUGCCGUGGAUAAAGUGUAUUUUGUACUUCUGAAUGUUCUAUAUUUAUGACUAACAAGUACAGAAUCAGUUGUGUGUACGUAUAACUAAUAACUGCCUUUUUAAAUUUCAUUAAAAUAAAAAGGUCACGAGCUGUUGUUAA